AUGACCGACCUCGCUGCUCGCCAUAGCAGCAAUCUGCAGAAGAAACCACUCGAGUUGAUUUCCGUCCUUGCCCCAUUCUCAGCUCUCAUCAUCUCCAUCGCACUCGUCAUCUUCUUCCUCCUCCGGUACUACAUCCUGGAAGGCUUCCUCAUCCAAUGGCUCUACGGCCGCAUCUACACCGACCUGAGUGAGGUCAACCGCCGCGGAUUCAUCAACCAUCACAUAGCUGGUGUAACCAAGCUUCUCAUCCUCAUUCUCGCUGCCUACCCCUUCGUCAGCGUCACCUUUGGCAAGACCACGUUUCACACCCCGUACGCCCAUGGCUCCACGGUGACGCUGGGUGACAUGCUCAUCAUCGUGGCUCAGAUGUUGAUGGCCAUGUAUGUAUUCGAGCUCCUCUACCGGUCUAAACUCUCUCCGGUCGCUGUGAUGCAUCACAUCGGCACCAUUAUUAUCGGACAGUCGGCUAUUUCGCUGAGCUUAAGACUGGCGCGUGAGCCUGAUGCCGAUAUCGAGUUCAUUCUCUGCACCGUCUGGGGUGCCUUCGAUAUUGUAUCUGAGUUCUUCCCCCACAUCGCCAUCGUCCUCUAUCGCGUCUACCCCCAGCGUCACCGAUUCCUCAGCCGAGUGUUCCUACUGUCCUGUAUCACAACCGCCACCGGGACAACAUGUGAGACGAUCGUGACAAUGUGGCUGUUCGGAAGCCUCUGGAAUCGAUGGCAGAUUGCCUUUAAAGUAGCCACGCCAUUACUGCAUCUCGCCUUCUCAGCCGCCCAGAUCCACGGCAGCCUCGUAUUCUGGCGGAUGUACAAGAGACAGCAACAAUUUCUCAAAGAAGCGGAAGUCGAAUCAUUUGAGAUCAAGGAGCAGAGCAUUGGCAUCGCCUUACACCCCUCUGCAGACUCGACCGCGCCCUGCAUACCGCCGAGGGUCUUAUCCCACGGUCGGCCAGAAACUCUC